AGUUGCAGCAGCUUUUGUUCCCAACUUUUUCUGCACGUUUGCGUGGAAGCAGCUGCUCGCUGGGAUCGCUGGGAGAACUGGGAGCACUGGGAGCGGUGGUGGCCGUCAGCUCUGUGUGUGUUUGUCUGUGUGUGAUUGUGUAUGCAUUCGGGACCUCCACCUUCCAGCUGUGACCGCCGACCCUUCUGCGCUCGCCAGGCCGCCUCUCGCAGCUCCUCUGACGGCCUCGCAGCAGCCGCGCCCCGCCGCUCCGUGCUGGAGGACAGAGGGAGAGGGAGCGGAGGAGAUGGAGGGAUGAGGUGGAGUCCCGCGGCGGAGGGAGGACGGAGGAGCAGCAGAGGCCGGAGCAGGAGCAGCUGAAGGAGUCCAGCCUGCUUUAAAGCACUUUUCUGCCUCCAUCUUGGAAACUUUCUGGAGUUUUGUUUUUUUUUUUCUUUCUUUUUGGUCUCCAAUGAGGCGCGCGCGGCCGGCGGAGAUCGAGCCCAGCUGACGUCAGUGACCAGUGAUCGAUAGGUGUGAUCGGGCAGGGGAGUUAUGUGGGGUCAGCGGGGCCCCGGGGCCCCAAUCCGGGCCUCCUCCUUCUGCGGGCUGCCGCUGCUCCUCCUCCCGCUGCUGCUGUGGGGCUCCUGCAGGGCGGACGAAGAUGUGCUGAUGAACACCAAGCUGGCAACAUCAGACCUGAGAUGGACGAGUUAUCCUGCUGAUGACCCUCAGUGGGAGGAAGCUAGCUCUGUGGACGAUGACCAUAACAGCGUGCGGACCUAUGAGAUCUGCACACCCAGCAGCACAUCCUCCUAUUGGCUUAGGACGAGCUGGAUUCCCCUGAAGGCGGCGACAACGCUCUAUGUGGAGAUCUGGUUUUCCAUGAUGGAGUGUGCCAGUCUGAACAGGCGUCCCUGUAAAGAAACCUUCAACUUUUAUUACUACCCGUCAGACAGUGACGACGCCACGCUCACGUACCCAGCCUGGAUGGAGAACCCGUACAUCAAAGUGGCCACGGUCGCCGCCGACCACCUGCGGCAAUACGGCACCAGGGGGCGUGCCAAUGUCAAGGUGCUGCGAUUGGAGGCGCUGCAUAGGGCGGGGCUUUACCUGGCUUUCCACAGCCAGGGCACCUGCAUGGCGCUGCUCUCUGUACGUGUCUUCUACAGGAAGUGCCCGUCCCUGCGCCGUGCCUUCGCCUCUUUUCCCGAAACCAUCCCCCACUCACUGGUGGAGCAGGCUCAGGGGGUGUGCGUGGAGAACGCCGUGACUCCACCUGGCGAGCACUCACAGCCUCCCAGCAUGCUUUGUGGCGAGGACGGGUCGUGGGUGGGGCAGCCGACGUCCAGCUGCGCCUGUCGUCCUGGAUACGAAGCGGGAGAGACCGACGUGCGCUGCCGAGCGUGCCCGUCCGGACAUUUUAAAGCAGAGUCGGGACCAUUUGGCUGCAGCCCCUGUCCAGCCAAUAGCAACACACGGGUCCCAGGCUCCGCCUACUGCCCGUGCCUCUCUGGUUACUAUCGAGCCGACUCGGACCCACUGCACACCGCCUGCACACAGCCCCCCUCUGCUCCUCGCUCCCCGGUGAGUCAGCUCAACGACACCAUGGUGACUCUGGAGUGGAGCGAGCCGCAGGUCCGCGGAGGACGAGCAGACCUGACCUAUAAGGUCCUGUGCUCCACCUGCGGGCCCGCCACCGCCACCAAGGUCACUUCCUGCUCCCCGUGUGGCGACAGCGUUCUGUACCGGCCGGCGCAGGACGACCUGACUCAGCGCCGUGUCGUCAUCUGGGGGCUCCGCCCACAAACAAAGUACAGCUUCACCAUCCAGUCGCUAAAUGGUGUCUCUGAACUCAGCUACUUAGAGCCAGCCUCCAUCAAAAUCGAGAUCACCACCAGCAGAGAUGUUCCCCCUCCAGUAUCAGGUCUGAGGAGGGUGGAGGCCUCAGAGACCAGUCUGUCCUUAGAGUGGAGCAUCCCAGUUGUGCACAACCAGUACCAGAUCCUGGACUACGAGCUCCGCUAUGGCCCCAAGGAUGCUGAGGAGGCGGGAGAGUGGCAGUACGUGUUCAGCAAGUCUUCUUCUCUGGUGCUGAACGGGCUGCAGCGGGCGACGCGGUAUCGGGUGCAGGUCCGCGCUCGCUCUCAGGCCGGUUACGGAUCAUUCAGCGCUGAGAGCAGCUUCAAUACGCUGCCCGAUGGCGUGUCCGAGCUGGUGGUGACCGGAGUUGUGGUCUCUUUGGGGAUACUGGUGCUCGCUGUGGCGGCCGCACUCGGCAUUUACUGCUACCGCAGGAGGAAGAGGUGCUCAAACGACCACGACAGGAGCGGCCACUACCAGAUGGGCCAGACCAUAAAGGUCUACAUCGACCCGUUCACCUACGAGGACCCGAACGAGGCAGUGAGGGAGUUCGCCAAAGAGAUCGACGCCUCCUUUGUCAAGAUAGAAGAAGUCAUCGGAGCAGGUGAGUUCGGUGAGGUGUGUCGUGGUCGGCUGAGGAUCCCGGGCAGGAAGGAGAACUAUGUGGCCAUUAAGACGCUGAAGGGCGGCUACACAGAGAAGCAGAGGCGGGACUUCCUUUCUGAGGCAUCCAUCAUGGGCCAGUUCCAGCACCCCAACAUCAUCCACCUGGAAGGUGUCAUCACCACUUCCUGUCCCGUCAUGAUCCUCACCGAGUUCAUGGAGAACGGAGCGCUUGACAGCUUCCUGAGGAUGAAUGAUGGGCAGUUCACCACCAUCCAGCUGGUGGGGAUGCUGCGUGGCAUCGCGGCGGGGAUGAAGUAUCUGUCUGACAUGAGCUACGUCCACAGAGACCUGGCGGCUCGUAACAUCCUGGUAAACUCCAACCUGGUCUGUAAGGUGUCAGAUUUCGGUCUAAGCAGGUUUCUGACUGAGAACUCGUCAGACCCGACGUACACCAGCUCUCUGGGUGGGAAGAUUCCUAUUCGGUGGACGGCUCCUGAAGCCAUCGCGUACAGGAAGUUCACAUCAGCCAGUGAUGCUUGGAGUUACGGCAUCGUCAUGUGGGAAGUGAUGUCAUACGGGGAGCGGCCAUACUGGGACAUGAGCAAUCAGGAUGUGAUAAACGCCAUCGAGCAGGACUACCGGCUGCCCCCGCCGCCGGAGUGCCCCGCCUCCCUGCACGCGCUCAUGCUGGACUGCUGGCAGAAGGAGCGAGCCAACCGGCCGAGGUUCUGUGACGUGGUGGCGGCGCUCGAUAGGCUGAUCCGAAACCCCACCUCGCUGAAGGUGACGCACCCGGAGGCGCCGAGUUCCUCUCAGCCUCUGUUGGACCAGCGAGUCCCCCCUCCUCUCUCGGCCUGUGGCUCGGUCUCCGAGUGGCUUCGAGCCAUAAAGAUGGAGCGAUACGAGCAGAGCUUCCUGCAGGCCGGAUUCACUAACCUGGACAUCGUCUCGCAGCUCAACACAGACGACCUCCUCAGAGUGGGCGUGACCCUCGCUGGACACCAGAAGAAAAUACUCUCUUCCAUCCAGACACUCAGGAUACACAAAGCUCCGCCCACCUUGCUCUACUGACCAAUCGCCACGCAGUUACAGCAUCCCAAAUGACAGCUGAAUCCGGCCUCUAACUCUGACCAAUGGGAGCUUUGGAACCAGAAACACUAAAUUCCAACACAUACUGACGAGCUUCUGCUCUUUAAGCUUCGUGCUACUGGACUCUGAGCCGAGCGCCCGCCUUUUAAGGUCAUGGGUCGUGCUGGCUCGGUGAACCUCAGGAUACCUGUUGCCUUGUCUCUGAACCACAGCAGCUGAUCCACUGCUCAGGAACUCUGCCUGCUCUCUCAUUGGCUGCUUUAAUCCUGCUCUGAGGAGCUCACAGAGCCAAUCGGUACCCAGCACAGAAAGGAUGUUGGAAUAUAUGGACUCUUCUGAUUGGAUGUUGAGGUACCUGUUGCUUCUGGCUCUGCUGUAAACACCAAGUUCCACCCCCUUCUGGGAGAUGCAGCAUGGAUUGCUUCCCAGCCCUGCUGAAUGGUUGGAUUUCCAGAACAGUCUUCUAAAAAGAGAAAAUGUGAGCUGAGUGAGGUCUGAGGAUGGCAAGAUGGAUACUGAGUGUUCCCACCUGCUUCCUACAACAGCAACCAAAGCCUUUUCCAGGAAACUGCCACUCUGACUGCACGGACCUGAGAGACUCUUCAGGAAGAGCCGAAGGGAUUUUUAUGGUGACGUUGUUGGAGUGAAAAUUUCAGCUCUGUGGGAUACUCCAGUAGGAGUGCUGUGAGAUAUUAUCUGAACAUAUGGAUAUUUUAGGAAUGUGUGACAUCUCCAAUCUCCAUCUUAGUGGGAUUAGCUGCCUGGAGCAUCGGGAUUCCUGAUGCCACUCGUCAGGAUGUUCUAGUAAAGUUCCAGCAUAAUACUACUCAGAAUCUGUGAGGAAUAUUCUAGGAUUGCCUCAGAAAAUGUACUUUUUUUGAGGAAAUUUUUGGGAAUCUUCGGAACACUGCUCAUUCCCUCUCAUCAUUCAGAUUUUCUCCAAACGUGAUUCUUCGGGUGCUGAAAUUCUCUGGAUUAAGGGAAGUCUUGUGGGAAUAUUUAACUUUUUAAACUGUAGUUUGAACUGAAGUCCACCCGCAGUGGGUUUCUGUGAGUACUCGAGUAUUUUUCAUGAGUCCUCGGAGGUUCCGACUCUGAGGGAUCUACAGAGCCAUAAAACUGGAAAUCUGUGAAAAGGUGGUUUAUGAGCAUUUCAUUUUUGUCUUUUGUGAUCAAACCGCUGCAGAUCAAACAUUCCUAAGACACCACAGAGUUACGGAAGUACGAAGCACUUCGCUGAUCUCGGACGAAGCUUCCGAUCCUCGGAGCUGUUCGAGGACUACGUGUAAGGACUACAGCAGAAAUAUUGGAGCUGUUCGACUGUGUAUCAUAGCACUUUUUUUUUGUACCGGAUCGUGUUUUUACUCAAAGCAGGGGAUCAAAGUUUUUAUACUAAACCUUCAUUUCAGGAGAAGCCUCGUUAUAGAGAAACUUUUAGUUUUCACGGCGGUGGGCGAGACGAUCCGGGCUGCAGGACCAAAGAUCACAUCUGAGGUCGGUUAGUUGUUUGUUCUGCCCGGCGGAGUGAGACUGUGUGUCUGCUGCACUACAUAAAUGUUUAACAAUGGCCCCGAAACCUGAGCAAUAACACGAACCAUCCAGCCAACAUCUGGCAGCUCGCCCUCCUCCUCAGUCUCGUCUGUUCGCCGGCCAAACGCUCGUUAAUGUGAGGAGCGGUCUUUGCUGCGAUCCGCUGAUGCUGUGCAGUCACAGGAAAUACCUGAAGGCUGCUGUCACCUUCCCCACCAAACCACCGUUUUCAUGUUUGUCCGCCUCGUGAUUCCGAACACCCCUCAGGCUGGUCGAUAACAGAGUCUGCGGCAGCAUCAUCUCAGUUAUUCUCCAGCCUUUAUAAUUCCACAGACCAGAGGAUGAUGAUGGGCCAGUUCAUGUGAUGUGGGGAAGAGUCCCUUCAGCAGGGAGGAGAUGGUUUAUAAAGGUGUCCUGUGGUGGGACUCCAGCGGCUCAGAGAUGUGACUCAGCGGAGAGGCAGCUGGAUGCUCUGAGAUCAGGGACCGCAGCACAGGCUAGAAGGUUGGAGGCGACUCGACCGAAGGGGCCGUCCACGAGUAAAUCGCCCGUUUACAGGCUCGUUUCUUUGGAUGGGCGAAAGCAUCAAACUGCCAGACGUGCCUGAGAGGCCCUCCAGCUGGAAUCAGCUGCCAGAUACCGUCAUCAUCAUCAUCAUCAUCAUCACUCUGAUAAUCACAAAGUCAUGAAAACUGUGUUUUUUAAACCUUUAUUUUACCAGAUAAAAUGUUUGAGAACUCGUUCUCUUACAAACAUGACCGGUGAACCAUUGGUCCGUGAACCUGUCAGUCAAAGCAUCUACAAGCCAAUGGCAGCACAGCUCCUCAGCGUCACCGCCUCAUGAGAGUGGUGCAUGAUGGGAGUUUGAGUGAGUCGCAGUGGGCAGUGAUGCUGGUGCACUGAGGAGCUGUGAUGGUCCCGCUUUGAUUGGAAACUUUAUUUAAACAAGUGUUGUUCUUAAUACUCUCUCCUGUUCCUCGGUGAGCCCCUCCCUCUGUAAACGCUGUAAACACAGCUCUGCCUUAGUCCACAUUAAUGUAUGAGGACAUUUUUAUUGUUAUUAAUGUUGUUAUAAAGAAGAAUGUCCACUGGGGAGGGAGGUCUCUGUCAGCCAAUCACAAUAAAGAUGAGCCGUCCUGUCCAAUGAGCUGUCUGCUGUGUGUUUGUUGUGCCAAAUGUUGUAGCCCU